AUGAACCUCAGCACCUGUAGUAUCACAGCCUACAAAAGCUUCCCACUCCUCCAGCUGUGUAUUUACACCCCAGUUUUGAUCUUGGGGGUUUUGCUGAACAUGUCGGCGCUGUGGGUGUUCUGCUGCAAGCUCAGCAAAUGGACAGAAACCAGAGUGUACAUGGUCAACCUGGCUGCAGCUGACUGCUUGCUGCUCUUUACUUUGCCUUUUAAAACUUUAUCCCAGUUCCAUCAGCUGAAGGUAGGAAGGUGGUGCCUGGUUCUGGAAGGUGGCUACUUCAUAAACCGCUUAAUGAGCAUCGCUAUCGUCACUGUCAUAGCAGCUGAUAGGUACCUUGCCAUCAAGUUCCCUUUAAAAGCCAAGUUCCUGAGGUCACCCUUGAAGGCAGCUUUUGUUUCCCUAUUUCUCUGGACAGUCAUAAUCUGCGUGGUGACCCUCAUUAAGAAGUUGGAGGCCCGAGAACAAGACCAACUUUGCUUUGAGAAGUCUUCCGUGGAGCCUUCGGUGGUCACGCUGGGUGCUGUUAUUGGGGGGUUCUUCAUCCCCCUGAUCAUCCUCACCUACUGCUCCAUACAAGUCAUUGCAGAACUCAGGAGAAAGAAGAAUGAAAGCUGUCACAAGGAAAAAUCAAUCAGGAAGGCUGUCUGCAUUGUGUCUGCAAACCUGGCUGUGUUCAUCGUAUGCUUUUUGCCUCUUUAUCUCGGGCAUCUCCUUCGUUUCGUGAUGGACUCCACCAGCUCCAACUGCUCUGCAAUCCAGAGGGUGAACAAUUUUGUUCACCUUGCCUCAGUCCUUGCAAACACAAACUGCUGCUUGGAUGCUAUUUGUUACUACUUUGUCAACAAGGAAUUUAAGGAAGCAUCUCCCAAGCUAGUAAAGUCCAAAUCAGAAGGCACCAAGGAAGCUGAAAUUCAGCUCCCACGCAGAACACGAUAG